UGAUGCAGGUCCCAGUACCAGUUACCAACGGUGAUUAGUUCCAGCCUUCUUUUGCAGUUGUGAUUCGGAGACGAGGGCAAUCACUUGGCGUUUUGGGCAUGGCUCGCUCGCGAGGUGGCGCGGCCGGGGGUGAUGCACCCAGGCCUGCAGACAGAGCCCCAGCUUGGGGUAGACGCCGACCCCGAGAUCGAGAGAGGGCUGCAGCAUCAGUCCAGGAGAGAGAGGAGGAUCCAGAACCAGUAGCAGACCCUUCAGCACUUCGUAUACCAGAUCAGCCGGUGGGGCCAGGGCCAUCCCAGCCGCCACCCGGACUAGUUUUGACUCCAGAUCUCCAGGCCGCUAUUGCUCAGCUCUUAGGUGUGCUUGGGGGGAUGCAGCAGCCACCUGCCCCAGCUACACCAGCACUAGUACCUCAGGAUCAGCCUUCAGUGAGGGUACCUCAGGUCCAGGUNCCAAAAGAUAGAAAAUACUUCUAUUAUGCUAGAAUAAGACAGGUACAAAUGACUUGA